AUGCACGGCAACGUCGCACUGACUGGGAUUUCCCAGCAGCCGCAGCCGCAGAGGCGGCCGUUGGUGAUUGGCUGUCUCGUCAGCGCGGGCACUCCGGCGGGUGACCUGGUUACAGCUGCCAUGGAGCUGGCGGUGGAACACCUGACGCCCCCCGCGUCCCCCGCGCCGCUGGCGCUCGACUUUGCCAACGCCAGUGCUGCCGACGCCUUCCAGGCCGAGGCUGCCGCGUUGGAUCUGCUACUGGGGACGCCGCCCCCAUCGGUGCUGCUGGGCCCAUCCACGUCCCUGCAGACCUCCGUUGUCGGCCCCAUCGCCUCUGCCAUGCAGGUGCCGUUGCUAGCAUACGCGGCAACGGACCCGCUGCUGAACGCGAACGCGCAGCUUCCCUACUUUGUGCGCGUGCACUACGAUGACUACGCUCAGAUGGCUGUUGUUGCUGACCUGGUGGGGUUCUACAACUGGACGCAAGUGGUGGCGCUGUUUGAGAGCACUGACAGCGCAUGGAACGGCUUCCAGUCCCUCACUCGCCUGCUGCAACAGCGGGGCACGGCACGGGUGGUGGCAUCAUGGCAGUUUGACAGCGCAGUGAGUGCAGAGACGGACGUGAUGGCGGCGUUCCUGCAGGUGCGGGCAGUGGAGGCGUCGGUGUUCGUGCUGCACCUGCACAGCCCCACCACCAUUCGCAUCGUCCUCAAAACAGCGGCGCAGCUGGGGCUGUUCACGGCGGGGUAUGUGUGGAUCGCCACGGCGGGCGUCAUGUCUGUGCUCUCCACUGACCGCGCUCUCUCCCCCAUCCUCGUCGGCUGCGAGGGCAUGCUGGGCACGCUACCGUUUGACGUGCCCACAGCGCGGCUAGUGGACGUUCAGCAGGCCAUCAAGGCCAGAGCCAACACAGCUCUCUCCGCCCUGCAGUCCCCAGACGAGGCACUGCGGCAGGCCAUAUCAGCCUAUGACGCCGUGCACCUCGCUGCCUAUGCCGCAGUUGCUCUCUCCCGCGCUCCCCCGCCCCCUCCCGCGCCCUCUCCUCCCCCUGGUGCUGCGCCCUCGGCCCCCCCCAGCCCCGUGGCCGGCACCAACCCCAGCUUCCAGCAGCUGGAGGUGCAUAAAGCCCCUCCCAGCCCCGUGGCCGGCACCAACCCCAGCUUUCAGCAGCUGGGGUUGCAUGCAGGUGCGUGGAUAGCAUGGUGCCCGUGGGAUUGGAUUCUUUUAUUGUCUCAAAAGUCACUUUCAGCAGCUGCAGGUGCGUGCAGGUGCAUGGUGCGUGCAGGUGCAUGGUGCAUGCAGGUGCAUGGUGCGUGCAGGUGCAUGGUGCGUGCAGGUGCAGGGUGCGUGCAGGUGCAUGGUGCGUGCAGGUGCAUGGUGCGUGCAGGUGCAUGGUGCGUGCAGGUGCAUGGUGCGUGCAGGUGCAUGGUGCGUGCAGGUGCAGGGUGCGUGCAGGUGCAUGGUGCGUGCAGGUGCAUGGUGCGUGCAGGUGCAUGGUGCGUGCAGGUGCAGGGUGCGUGCAGGUGCAUGGUGCGUGCAGGUGCAUGGUGCGUGCAGGUGCAUGGUGCGUGCAGGUGCAUGGUGCGUGCAGGUGCAUGGUGCGUGCAGGUGCAUGGUGCGUGCAGGUGCAUGGUGCGUGCAGGUGCAUGGUGCGUGCAGGUGCAUGGUGCGUGCAGGUGCAUGGUGCGUGCAGGUGCAUGGUGCGUGCAGGUGCAUGGUGCGUGCAGGUGCAUGGUGCGUGCAGGUGCAUGGUGCGUGCAGGUGCAUGGUGCGUGCAGGUGCAUGGUGCGUGCAGGUGCAUGGUGCGUGCAGGUGCAUGGUGCGUGCAGGUGCAUGGUGCGUGCAGGUGCAUGGUGCGUGCAGGUGCAUGGUGCGUGCAGGUGCAUGGUGCGUGCAGGUGCAGGGUGCGUGCAGGUGCAUGGUGCGUGCAGGUGCAUGGUGCGUGCAGGUGCAUGGUGCGUGCAGGUGCAUGGUGCGUGCAGGUGCAUGGUGCGUGCAGGUGCAUGGUGCGUGCAGGUGCAUGGGUGUCAUUCACGCCAGGGGGCGACCUACAGGAGCAGUUCUUAUUUCUUUGAGUCGGUGUCAUUCACGACAGGGGGCGACCUACAGGAGCAGUUCUUCAGAGUGGCCAAUGUGCUCCUUUUGAGUCGACUCAGAAUUCACGGUGUCAUUCACGACAGGGGGCGACCUACAGGAGCAGUUCUUCCGAGUGGCCAAUGUGCUCCUUUUGAGUCGACUCAGAAUUCACGGGGCGACCUACAGGAGCAGUUCUUCCGAGUGGCCAAUGUGCUGCGCCAUGGCCUCCGCACAAUCGCCUUCUACCACUACCGCGCCCCUCCCCCUCCCUCUCCCCCUCCCCCUUCCCCUCCCCCCGCCUCCCCUCCCCCCUCACCCCCCAAUGCCUCCGCCCCUUCCCCUGCGCCCUCAUCCUCCCCGGCUGUUCCUCCCCCCCCGCCUCCCCCUCCGCCACCCCCGCCUCCUGCCCCUCCCGCAUCUGCAUCUGCUUCUCAGGCGUUCCUCUCCUCCAUCCAGAUGGUGGACCGCCUGGAAGCCAGGCGUCUCACCACUCGCGCUGCUGCUGCGAAGGCAGUGGGGGUGUCAGCAGCGGCAGCAGCAGCGUCGCAGGGUGUGGUGGCGGAUGCAGAUGCGUCCCUGCGUGCUGUCAUAUGGCCGGGAGGCAUCACAGAGGUACCUCUGGGAGCGUUCCCCAAGUCCUCUGCCCCUCUCCAGAUCGCCGUGCCAAACAAAAAGGUGCACCACGAGUUUGUGUUUGUGGGGGAGAGCAGCAACGGCACGUCGUCCAGCAACGACAAGUUCUCGGGCUUCUGUAUCGACGUCUUCAAGUCCGCUGUCGCGCUGCUGCCCUACACGCUCUCCUACCAGUUUGUCGCGUACGGCGACGGCCAGACCCCGCCCAGUUAUGAUGCCAUGCUCGCUGCUGUUGCCAAUAAGACGUACGAUGCCGCGGUGGGGGACAUCACAAUCACAUCCGACCGAGCCCUGCUCGUGGACUUCACACAGCCCUUCGAGUCAUCUGGCCUAUCCUUUGUGGUGCCGGUGCAGCGCGCCGCACCCAACACGUGGGCGUUCCUGGCGCCGUUCACCCCGGGCAUGUGGGUGCUGCUGUACGUGUCCUUCUUCUACACCGCGCUCGUCGUCUGGUUCCUCGAGCACCUGCAGAACGAAGACUUUGGCGGCAAGCUGCACCAGCAGCUCGCCACCAGCGUCUGGUUCUCCUUUGCCACCAUGACCUUCUCUCAUGAGGAGCAAGUGCGCACGACGCUGGGUCGCACAGUGGUGAUCGUGUGGCUCUUCGUGGUCUUUGUCAUCUCCUCUGCCUACACUGCUAGUCUCUCCUCUGUUCUCACCGUCAGCCAGUCCGAGCCCACCGUCUCCGACUUCACAGCGCUGCAGCAUGGCAACCAGACCGUGGGAUACAGGGCGGGCUCCUUCACAGCGGCGUACAUGCAGGGCGUGGGCAUCAACGAGUCGCGCCUAGUGGCCAUAGACCCGGAGGGGGACUGGGAUGCGGUGGUGCAGGAGCAGCAGGUGGCAGUGGUGGUGGAUGAGGAGCCCUACCUCGACAUAUUCCUCUCCGACCACUGCUACUACACCAAGCCGCCUCACGCCUUUGCCACCUUCAACUUUGGCUUCGCGUUCCAGAGGGGGUCGUCUCUGACAGCGGACCUGUCUCUGGCGAUAGAGACCCUGGCACAGAACGGCCAGCUGCAGUCUCUGCAUGACCUGUGGCUCCGGGGCAAGGGCACGUGCAGUUCAGGGUUGGAGCUGGAGUCGAUGCGCCUGGGCCCGGACUCCUUCUGGGGGCUCUUCCUGCUCUACUUACUCUCUGCUAUGGGCACCUGCCUGCUCUACGCCGCUCUCCUCGUGUACCGUGGCCUCAAGGCCUUCCGGCUAGCGCAGCAGCAGGCAGCCGCAGAGAGGGCAGCGGCAGCAGAGCAAGAAGGGCAGGAGGGGGAAGCCCCGUACGCAGUGGGAGUGACGCCAGUCCGUGCUCCUGUCAGCAAGCCCAGGCGCCUCAAGAGCCGCGUUCGCCACUACAAGAGUGCUUACACUGCGGGAGUGGAGUGGAGCAUGCAGCGCAACAUCGGAGUGUCCUCCUCCACACUCCACGGGUCCGACAGCAACCCCUCUAUGCACUACGACGUCUCCCACAUCACCUACUCCUCCACCACCCCCACCGGGGACGGCCUUCCCACCGAUCCUGCCGCUGCUGAUGGCGCUGCUGCUGCCGCUGCCGCUGGUGCUGGUGGUGGUGAUUCUGAUGGGUCGGACGAUGGUCGUGGGGAACGAGAGGCGGGCGAGAAGGGUUCGGCGGGGCUUGGCGAUUCAUUGGAUGAGCAGCUGAGGGAGCUGAGGCAGAGCCACUUCACUCGCAGCGGGUCGACUUUGUAA